AUGGGCAGUUUGGAUCGAGUUGACGAUCGGACAUUUAGGGUUAAUUUCUCAGAGGAUGGAGUUGGGAAGCUGAGAGAACGAGUGAGGGAGAAACUCAAGGAGUUCAUGGGCGAUUACACGGACGACACUCUCGUGGAGUACGUGAUUGUGUUAUUGAGGAAUGGCAGGCGCAAAGAAGAAGCAAAGACUGAAUUGAAUGUUUUUCUGGGCGAUGACAGUGAUUCCUUUGUUUCUUGGUUGUGGGACCACCUAGCUUCAAGUGUAGAGUUGUAUGUGAGUCAUGGGCAGACUGAAACAGAUAAAACAACUGAAAGGAGAGCUAUAGGGGCUGAGCUUGUGGGAAAUGAUCCUCAUCAUGUGGAGUUCGAAUCUAAGAAAUUAAAUACUGAAAAUAUAUCUAGGAGUCGGCAUCGAAGAGAAUGGAGAGACCCAAAGCAUGAACCAACCGAACAGCCUUCUUUUCGGAGUUCUGAGGUUUUUGAUGCAGUAAUGGAGGAUACGAAUCAUCACACGGUCGAUCUUGAAAAGCGUUCUGCAUCACCUCGAGUUUCACAGAAGAAAAAAAGAAGUUGGCAGGAUGAGCGAGAACAAUCAAAGAGGGAGAAGGAGACAGUUGCACUAGCAACUAUUGAUGCUCCUCGGAGGCUACUACAAUUUGCAGUGCGGGAUGCUUUAGGAACUCCAAAGGCAUCUAGUUCAGUCAAAGAGCCCUCCCUCAAGCGUCUUCGGUCAGUUGUAUCUACAUCCACUGAGGAGCCACCGCCACAGGUUGAUCGCCCUAGGAGGAUCCAGUCUAUUGCUAGAGUUCCAGGGGGCCCUAUGGCUACUGUAAUCAAGGCUGUGAAGGAAGCUGCUGAAGAUGUAACAAAAGUCAAAACCCCAAGAAGUGUGUUUGACCGUCUUGGUCGGGAUUCACCAGCAGUAGAGACUACAGUAGAAUACAGGGAUGUCGCUAUGGAUGAGGAAGAAUACGCAUUUAAACUCCGCCGGGGAAAUCAUAGAGGUUUGACUUCCAACUUCAUGGCUGAAAGUGGAGAUGACAUGGGUAUGGAUGAUCGGGAUUUGGAAGUUCUGCCAACUGGCACGUCUCGUGGUGGCAGUGACGUACACCGAUUUAAGGUUCAGCACAAUGCUGAUGAUUUUGUGCCGAAUAAAUGUCCUGAUCAAUCUGUUCAGCAUGCAAAUGUUUCAUGGAAGCAGCCUCUUCCACAUCAAUUGCAGCUAGCUGCACGAUUGGAACAGCAUCCCCGAGACAAUGAGAAACAUACAGGGAAAGUUGGUGCUCAGAUUAUGAAGGAGAACAGCAACCCUAUCGUGGUUGCUCUUAGCAAUCUAAAACCUGCUACAGACCAUAAAGAACCUCAGCAGACAUUGCCAUCUACGCCUGGCUCACUUACAGCUGGUCGACCUGUAGAAGAUGCCGAGUCUAGAACGGUUUUCGUGAGCAAUGUUCAUUUUGCUGCCACCAAGGACAGUCUUUCUCGGCACUUUAAUAAGUUUGGUGAAGUGCUUAAGGUGGUUAUAGUAACUGAUGCUGCAACAGGCCAACCUAAAGGGUCAGCUUAUGUAGAAUUCAUGAGGAAAGAAGCAGCAGACAACGCUUUGUCACUCAGUGGAACUUCUUUUAUGUCACGGAUUCUCAAGGUGAUAAAGAGAAGUGCUGCAACCCAAGAAGAUUCUCCUCCCACGAUGGUUUGGCCACUUGGUGUCCCACGCGGCUCCCCAUAUGGGGUUGCCAGGUUUUCGAGAUCCCCUUUUGUUCGGGGCAUCCCCAGUGGGGGUGCAUUCCGGGGCCGCUUUAAGCCUGGUGCCAGGAGUAUGCAGUGGAAGCGUGGUGCUCAAGGCAGCAACGCUGAUGCCACUAUUACCAGGAGCAGCAGUGUUAAUUCCCCUGGCCCGCGCAGUCUGACUUAUGUCAGGACAGAACCUAAACAGGAGGGGACAUCAGCUGCUGUUUAA